AUGAGCGGCGCGCCCGCCCUGAAGACCAUCUUGGUGUGCCAGUACACGCCGCCGGGCAACUUCCUGGGCCAGUUUGCCGCCAACGUGCUGCCGGCGGCGACCACCAGCUCCCCGUCCCCAACCCCGGCGUCUCCCGGCGUCUCCCCAUCACCCGUCGCGCCGUGCGCCGCCAACGCGUGCGGGGCCAAGGUCGCGGCCCGCAACAACCUCGGGGCGGGGUCGUGCCUGGUCAUGAACAAGGCGGGCGACUCGGUCUGCGCCAGGUCAUCUGACAAGAGGUACUUCUUCUGCAUCCAGAACGACGCCGAGGUCGCGCUGUACGACAAGGGGCAGCGCAUCUGGGCCGCGGGCGUGGCCGGCGCCUCGACGAAGAGGCCGUUCAGGCUUUGCUUUGAGAAGACCGGCGCGCUGGUUGCAUACGAGCAGGUCGACAAGAAGACGCGCCGCAGCUACUGGUCCUCGCAGUCGUCUGGCGCAAAGCCUCUCAAGUUCUGGGUGCAGACAACAGGCGUUGCGGAGAUCCUGAGUGGCAAGAACACCAAGAAGACCACGGCCACCACCGUCUGGAAGGUCCCAACCACCCCAUGA